AUGACUACGCCUCCUGCAAGAAGGGUUGGCUUGAGCAUUCGCAACUCGCCUCGCCAGCUACUUAAAACAGUCAAUUUCAAAACCGCAACGACAACGGCGGCGACGACAGCAGCAGCAACACCAACAGAAAACCCGACAACAGCAGCAAAAACAAAAACAACAACAACAACUGCGAAGCCGACGGCUGCUGCUCAGAAAUCAGAUCCCAAGCCUCGAGGAGGACGCUCUCAACUCAAGAUCCCCGAGCCCAUUCAUGAAGAUAUAUAUGCACCUCCUCUUGCAUCAAGCGACGUGGAGGAUGACGACGGCGAUGGCGACAACGACGGCGAAACCGCUGAAAAGGAAGAAGCAGGCUUAGAACCCAGCGAGCGAGCGCGUGUCUAUCCAGAUAGCUCGGAUGAAGAAGCCCCUCCUCGGGGAGCAAUUUUAGCAACCAAGUUCACGUCGUCGAGUCAAAAGAGCAGGCGGCAAAGCCUUCGAACAAAAGCAACGUUUCAGCUUCCAGGAGAAUCUGAUGAAGCCGAACCCGGUACCAAGAAGAGGAAGCGACUGCCUGGCACGUCCAACGAAAAAGGGAGCCCAAAGAAAAAUGCUAGCCAUCUCACGAAUAGCCAGGGGUUCGUAAAGAAACAAAAAGUGAAAGCCUCUUAUGGGGGGAGGAGAAGCAUCAAUUCUCAGGAGAGCCGAAAGCUCAAAGUCCCAGAAGAACUUACAUUACCCAAACUUCCACGCGUUCCAAUCUCAGAAGAACCUACCUUGCCCGUACCUCGACCUCUCGAAUAUAGUGCCAUCAAGUCGAUUCGAAAGAGCUCCCAAUUUAUCAUACCAGACUCUGACGAUUUUUCGUCCCCCAUCAAACGACGUCAACCUCGUCAACGACUUCUGCAGGUUCAUUAUGGCAACAACAGCGACUCUGACGAGGACAACAACAAUGAUAGCAAUGAUGACAGCAACGGUGGCAACAACGGUGGCAACAAUGGUGAUAACCAUGGCAACAACAACGGUGACACUGCGGUUAUUGGUCAACCAAAACCCAUCACCGACGAAAUAAAGCUUGAAAAAGACAAGCCAAAGGAAAAGCGAAGGAAAAAUCCACUGAAGCGUUUGGGGAAGAAAAACCCUGCAAAGUCACCCUCACCACCACCGGCGAGGUUCAUAAUGCCGGCACUGCUCUCCGAAUUCAAAAUACGUAGCGGCGGCGACAACGACAUCGACAACGGCGAUCUAUCUGACGCGGGCAGCAGUAGUAGUAGCGAUCUCAGCUCCCUCGGCGAUAUCUUCCCAGACAAGGAAGCGCCAAAAGACGGCCAGGCGCUAUGUCCCUGGUGCGGCGCCUCAGUCGACAUGCAGCAGCUCAAAGAGUUCUCAGAAGGCAGGCAGCGACUAAGCGUCAAAAUGCAGACCAAAUUCUGCGAGUCGCACCGCAAAACAUCAGCACAGCAGACGUACGAACUGAAAUCAUACCCCGAAGUCCAGUGGGACACCCUGACGGAGCGCUUCGAGAGCCACCGCGCCCGCCUCCUCGGCAUCAUCAACGGCGAGCAAGAAUCACACUAUCGCACCGCCCUGGCAGACAAGAUCUCGCUGGGCAAAGGCCGGUCCAUGAAACAGGAAGAGAACCUCAACCCGGGCUACUACGGCCCGCGAGGCUUCAACAUGAUGUGCGACUACCUCGUCGCAGAGUUCAGCGACUUGCUCAAGAAGAAGGCCAUUGCCGACAAGGUCAUCGCGGGAAGGGGCCCGCCGGCUUUUAUCCAGUCGGUGCUGGUGCCUGAGCUGGGCGUGCAGCUGAUCAUGGAGGACAUGCAGACCUCGCCGGAAGAAGCUAGGGGCAUAUUGGAAGAGAGCAAAGCCCUGGGCGAGCUGGUGCAUGGAGAGAUUUGA